CCGGCCGGGACUGUCAGACCUGACCCGCUGGAUCCCUGGAGGAACGGAGAGAACACGUCACCCAAGGGAGAGGAUCACCGUUCAGCAUGGCAGAACGUGGGCGUGUGCCAGCAUGGGGUUAUUCCCACUGCAGUCACCAUCCAGACUCCACUGCACCAUCUGUGUCAUUUCCUGCCUCCAACUGCAACCUCUCCAUUUCCACAGGAUGUUCUCGUCAGUGAAGGCCUUCGAGGGGCAGCAGUACUCUACCCUGAAGAGGCAGUGCCUUGCCAGUGGCCUUCUUUUUGAGGACCCACGUUUCCCCGCCGUGGACGACACCCUAUUCUACCAAGGGAACAGGAUUGGACGUGUGCACUGGAAAAGACCCCGGGAGCUCUGUGAGGACCCUCACCUGUUUGUAGAUGGGAUCAGUGCGCACGACCUGCACCAGGGCCAGCUGGGAAACUGCUGGUUUGUGGCAGCGUGCUCCAGCCUGGCCUCCAGAGAGUCCCUGUGGUCUAAAGUCAUCCCAGAUUGGAAGGAGCAGGAGUGGGACACAGAGAAGCCUGAGUCGUAUGCCGGGAUCUUCCACUUCCGUUUCUGGCGCUUUGGUGAGUGGGUGGACGUGGUGAUUGAUGACCGGCUGCCCACGGUGGACAACCAGCUGGUCUACUGCCACUCGGACGACAGCAACGAGUUCUGGAGCGCACUGGUGGAGAAGGCCUAUGCCAAGGUGUAUGGCUGUUACGAGGCCCUGGAUGGCGGGAACACUGCAGAUGCCCUGGUGGACUUCACGGGCGGCGUGUCAGAGCCCAUGGAUCUGUUGGAGGGCCACAUGGCCACAGACGAGGUGGCCCGCAACCAGCUGUUUGAGAGGGUCCUGAAGGUCCACAACCGGGACGGCCUCAUCAGCUGCUCCAUCCGGGCGACCACUGUGGAGGACAUGGAGGCACGGCUAGACUGCGGCCUUGUGAAGGGCCACGCCUACGCGGUGACAGACGUUAAGAAGGUGCGCCUGGGCCAAGGCCUGCUAGCCUUCUUCAAGUCAGAAAAGCUCAACAUGAUCCGCAUGAGGAAUCCCUGGGGAGAGAAGGAAUGGAGUGGGCCCUGGAGUGAUAGCUCAGAUGAGUGGAAGAAAGUGAGCAAGAGUGAGAGGGAGAAACUGGGUGUCACUGUCCAGGACGACGGAGAGUUCUGGAUGACGUUUGAUGACUUCUGCCAGUACUUCACAGACCUGAUCCUGUGUCGUCUGAUCAACACCUCCUACCUGAGCAUCCACAAGACCUGGGAAGAGGAGGUGAUGAGGGGCUCCUGGGUCGCACGCCAAGACCCCCUGAGGAACCGCUCUGGGGGCUGCAUCAACCACAAGGCCACAUUCCUCCAGAACCCACAGUAUGUGUUUGAUGUGAAGAAGGUAGAGGACGAGGUACUGAUCGCCCUGCAACAGAAGGAGAGGAGAGCCACCACCAAAGAGGGCAAAGGAGAUAAUCUAGCCAUAGGCUUCGACAUUCAUCGGGUGGAGCUGAACAGAAAGUACCGUAUGCAUACAGCCCAGCAGAAGGUGGCAGGCUCCAUUUACAUAAACUCACGCUGCGUCUUCCUCAGGAAGGAGCUCAAGGAGGGUCGUUACGUCAUCAUCCCCACCACGUUUGACCCUGGGCAGCAGGGCGAAUUCCUGUUGCGGGUCUUCACCGAUGUGCCUUCAGACUGCAAAGAACUGACUCUAGACGAGCCCCCGCAGACCUGUUGGACGGGCAUGUGUGGUUACCCACAGUUGGUGACCCAGGUCCACGUUCUGAGUGCUGAAGGCCUCCAGGGCCAAGACUCGAAUGGAGCCUCAGACCCUUAUGUCAUCAUCACCUGUGAGGGGGAACGGGUGCGCUCACCAGUGCACAAGGACACGCGGAGCCCCAAUUUCGACAUCAAAGGCCUCUUCUACCGCAAGAAGCCCAAAGAAGGAAUCCACAUUGAGAUCUACAAUAAGAAUGUGAUUGUGGAUACCUUUCUGGGUCAGGUGACCCUGUCCAGUGACCACAACGACCGACAGGAGCAGCACACGCUCCACCUGCGCGACAAGGGCAAUCGCCAAGACAACGACCUCCCGGGCACGGUCACCGUGCGCCUCAUCACCUGCACAACUCUCAUCAACAUAUGACGUCGCCGCCGCCGCUCCUGCCGUGGAAUGUCAAAGUAGCAUGACCUUGAUCAUCAUGAUGACCUGUCGCCGCCACCCGUCCCGUCAAUCCGAGCAUGUCCGUUUAACUGUAAACCCCCCCCCCCCCAGGACCUAACUUGCGUACAGAGUCGAGACACGACCACACACAACGGCCUCUACAUGCCUUCAGCCCUCCUACACAGCUGUUCACAUGCGCCUGCCCUCGUCCUGCGUCUGCCAGUGUCUCUAAGGGCUACGCCUCGCCUUAAGGUUGACUGGGUCUCUUCAGGACCCUGGGACCAGCCGUGUGUUGCGUGGGAGAGGGCUCGUGGGAGUGGGCCAUAUACUGGGACCCACUCCGUUCAUCCCCCUCACUAGACUGGGAUUAUUGCUGCCCCAUUUUUUUUAUCCCAGGAAAGACGAUACGAUCAGCCUUUACUGUUCCUCCCGUCAGCGACCGCUCUGACGCUCCUCCGUCCCAAACGGCAGCCUAUUCUGUGUAGUGCUCUACUUUUGACCGGAGCACUACGUUGUAGGUAGUGGUGUAUUUUGUGGGGUGAGUCCUCCGUCCAUCCUCCACCUUUAGGUAGUCCCCACCAAACCUACCAACCGCUGAGGAGACGACGACACUAGGCUGUUUGAUGGCAGGCUGCUGAUGUCUGUGAGGGUAGCGUGGACCUCUCCCCCUUCCUCUUCUCCCGUUCCCAUCCAUCUUCCUGGACUACCAUCCCCUUUGCUUCUACCAGUUGCCAUGGACAAUAUCGAGUUUAGCAUGGCUAAAAAAGACUGCCUGCAUUGCGUAUCCAAUAUACCCCUUUACGCGCGCACACAUAAACAGACAACAUACUGUUUAUUUUUGUUUUGUUUUUUUAACCUUGUGGGAACCAGAAAAAUAAUUCUUUAUUUUCUCUAGCCCCUAAUCUUAACCCUUACUGUAAACUAAAUAACUUAACCUUUAUUCCUAAACUUAACCUAACCCUAAUGCCUAACCUUAAAAUGUUACCCACAUUUUAACACUAACCCCAAUUGUAAGUUUUACCCUAAACCUAACCCAGAAGCCAGAAACAGCCUUUUUCCUUGUGGGAUUAGAAUUUUCAGAUUUUUCCGUCUUUUUGGGGAUGUCUGGUGCCCACAUGUUAAACCAGGAUCACACACAAUAAUAUAGCUUAUCAACCGUCACUGUUGAUAUGUCCCAGUGGAGUGACUGGAGCUCCGCCUGCCAUAAUCAAGUGCUUUACGGGACCAAAGAUGGACCAGGCUUUCCCUUCUCUUUGUCUCUGCCACGUCCGUCUGUCAUCUCUACGACAACGCCACUGCCUGUUGCUUCCAGAGUUCUGGUACUCCUAUCAUGACAACCCGGGCCUUCUACUAGUGGGCCUUUGAGUCAUGCGUCCUUGUUGACGUAGAUUGUGCGUGCGUGUGCACGUGUGCCUGGCUGUCAGUCUGCGUGUGUGCAUGUGGACGUGGAUUCUGGUAUGCAUUCUUACAUGUGUAUGCGCUUUUGGACACAAACCAUGCACCUUGCCUAGCUUUGUCAGGCUCAUGGCCAUGGCUGGAUGGACUGAUGACCGAAGGAUAUCGGUUAGUCCUGCCAAAAUCAACCUGUGCCAAAGCCUUGGUCCUGCCUCUCUCUCUGUUGUGACUCCAUAGCACUCUUCCAGAUAGCAACACAGACAUUUUGAAUUCCCAUCACCUAAAACUCAGUGCUAUUUGAGAUGUUGUGAAAAGUGACUUUUUUACUUGGCUAGUGAGAGAUUGUGAGAUCAGUCAGGGGUACAGUCUCCGUGACCCCCAAACCAUAAGCAUCUCUAACAGUUUAUGUCUCUUUUGACAUACUUUCAACAGGCGAUAUAUCUCAAUUUCUGACAGUGGCAAGCAUUGGAGCUAAAAGAGAUACGGAGAGACAAACCCCACACGCUAUGUCAUCAUCAAAUGUUCAGUAUGAGGGCGGAGACUGUUCUGUAGCAGCAUCUGAAAAUGCGUCUAAAUACGUCACCAUUGUUGAGUGUUUUGAAAAUAAUUUCUCCCAUGUCAAUUUAUAUUCAUUCAAAUGUUUUUUCUUUUGGUUGUUGAAUGUAAUGUUGAGAGGGUCUCUCUCUUUCCAACCUUCAAGCCCUUUUACUUGUUUACUGUCAGGUCUUUUCAGCGCCUUUUUUGCAUUACUUGAACAACAAUGGCAUUUAUUGUCGAAGUAUAUACUGUCACAUUUGUUAGUGUAUUUAUUAGUGUAUUUAAUGUGUCUUGCACUUUUUAUUCUAUGUCCAUGGCCUUGCAUUGUUCUUCUAGUGUUACUAUUCUAUACGUCCACUUUCUUUGGUGUGUUUAAGAAUCAGCAUGUUUACACUGUUGCACAUAAUACUGUACAUCAUAUCUCCAAUCAUAUCUUGAGGUUUGAAAUGGUCACUUUAAUGGGACUGAUCAGUGACAAUUCUUGACAACACGCUGUUACUGUAGUACUGACGAUCAUUUGUUGCUUCAAAUGACGAAAGCUUAAUUUGAAGGUUGUUUGACAUAUGUCCUUGUGCUGAGUUGCAGUCUAAGGCAGAGACUAAAAUGGUUGAUAAAAAGAAAACACUUAAAGUAGUUGGAUUAGAGUUUGAUAAUGGUUUACUUAAAGUUGACAGGUAAAAUGCUUUGUUACUUGUUAAAAGCACUAUGAGCAUUGUUUAUAAUGUCUUAUUAUAAGGCUUAAAAUAUUUUGUCUAUAUGAAGGACAUUUUCAAGUGACUCAUAAUGACAGUCAUUUUGUCAGGACCAUGUUGAGAUAAUAGGAACAAGACAUUAUGCAUGCUUAUGACCAUGUUAUAAAGCAUGACGAGCCUGUAUGGAAGUUGAAUUGCUUAUUGUUUACCUCAAAUUGUGUCUUUAUUGUUGGCUGUAUCAAAUGGUUCAUACAAAUGAUGUAACAUUGGAAUAACUCACAACUUCGGAACCCAUAGCUUUAGACUAACAAUAUGCUUUCUGUCCAAUGAGGUAAUAUCUGGGGAAUAUUUUGGAGAGUGUAACAGAGUGUAAUACUGUAUUAUGGACAGUAGGUCCUGGUAGAGAGCGGAGGGGUUAAAGGGAACGGCGAUGGAGUGCCAUAAAGCAUAUGCAGGGGUCACAUAGUUAAAAGACGUUGUGCCAAGCUGAUUAGUGUUUCAUGCCAGGGAAAGUAGGUAUUUGUGCCAAUAAGGGGAUUGGUUGGCUGUACCUUACCAGGAUGUGGCAACGUGUGCCCAUUCAGCCAGGCUUGUGCUCGGCUCUACUCUGAUCAGGGGCUCUAGUGGUGGGCAAGUUGGCAUAAGUAGCCAUUUUGGUUCUAUAUACAAGUCAGUUUCACAACUUUGUUGUGCCCCCACCUCCAGUGUUUUAAGUUAGCUUUUUAGCCUAAGGCCCUAUGAUCAGGUUUUGCUGGUGGCCAUGUCAUAGCUUCUUUAUUAAAGCUUCUGUUCUGCCCAGAUCUGAAAUCCAAUAGACCACAGGAACAGGGGAUUAACAACAUGGGUAGACCCUCGCUGGUCGUCAACUACAGAAAGUAGAUGCCAAAAUAGACCGGAAGAAAAAAUGGUUACUGUGUUUUGGUGCUGUGUUUUGGUACUGUGUUUUGUUUUGUUAGAGUUCUACUGUAAAUAUGUACUGGUGGGUGUACAUGUAGUCACUUCAACAGUGUGAGGUCUUUUUACAUUCCAAUAUGCUUUUUCAUUUUUUACAAUAUCCAAAAGGCUUUUUGUUGUGUCUUUGUCAACAAAACUAUCUCUUUGUGUUCACAUUGUAUAUUUUUAUCAUUUGCCAAAGGCAGCACUUACUGUAGGCCAAUACGACUCAAGACACAACUGGUUUACUCCGUAUGGGCAGUGUCAAUUCACAGAUCUGGUUGCCUGAUUAGUUAGCAUUGUUGUAUGGGUUUUCUGGCUCUUUAUAUUUGGUGCGUUUGUUGUUAGGAAGUGAGAAUAUACAAUAUACUACUAGGAGAAAUCCAGUAGGAAUGGCCCUUCAAAUGGAACGUAAUAUUGUGGAAACUUGUCUUAUCGGCUGUUACCUCUACUUUUUCCACACAGUGACCUUUGAUGUCACCUACUAAGUAAAUUACUUUGAUAAAAGCAUUUUGUGCAAUUAAAUGCAACAACAAAACAUUAUUUAUAAAAAGGUAUUAAUGGUUUUUUAAUACUAUAAUUUGUUUACAAGCAUGAUAGUUGUAGAUUUUGGUUGAUGCUGCUAGUUGGGCAUUAGCUAAUAUGUUUGUCAAAUUGUUAAAAGCACGUAAAUGCAUCUAAUAUGCAGCAUUAUAUACUGAUGACCCAUGCCAAAUGUUUUAAGGACAAAAAACCCUUUAGAACUUUGGUCAGUUUUGUAUCAAGCCACUAAUAUCAGUGCAUGUAGCAAACUACAGUACAUCAAAUCAAAUUGAUUUUAAAGAUAUUCUAUUUUUUAUUCAAAGUGUUGUAAAUAUUGUUACUACUUUCAUAUAGUGUAUGUUGUUUAUGGCUGAUGUUGCAUAAUUAGAAGUAUUUUACACACCUUAACAUUUAAAUUCAGCAUCCUAAAAUAGUAAAACAUAUUCUCUAUGUGAAAGUGAAUGCAACCAGGCGUCCACUUCGGCAGGACUCAUAUCAUGACCGAUGUAGACACAUUCUGAUGAACAAGAAACUGACACAAUGUCCCUCAUGGGCUGCGAACCCUUGCCUCUAGGUCUUAACACAAACGCUCUGUCCCCGAUCCCAGUUAGGAUAUCCCCAAGGCCUACGUCAAGAACAUGAUCAUUACACUAUUCCUUCCAUUUCAGAUAGUAUGGCCCUGUGCUGCAGUGUGACAAGUCCUGUAUCUCACACGUUUUCAAAAGCACUAUUUUACUUCUGAAGCCUGUGUAAUGAUCAUGGAAGUAGUGCUAUGUAAGCCCAAGUGCUGUUAGCUGAAGACACUGGUACGCUAGCGUCACAUCCUUUGAUGGUGGGGAACUCUGAUUGUCUGGUCUGGAGACAUACCCUAUGGAAGACAUACCCACAGUAGAGAUGUCCAGUUGGGAGGGGUUGUACAGUGCAUUAUUAUAUCCACAGUCGUUAUAAUAUGUUCCUUACUUUGAUUUCAGAGGUAGGUGUUAUUUUAAUGGUCACAAGACAUUUGAGGCACUGUUUACUCAUUGGGUAAUGUUUGAAAACAAACAGGUUUUCAUUAUGGUUGAACAUUAACAACGUGAAAAAUGUAAGGAAUACAGAGAACGUCAGGGCGAUUGCGGACAGUGUGUUUUGUGUAUUAACAAUUUAUUUGGAAUGUGUCUUCAUUAAAGCCUGUAUAAUGGCUUUCUUUCUAUAUUUCAGUUGAACACUUGUGUCAACAUGGUGCAAUGAUUUACAUGGGUUAGCUUGUUUAGUUAGCCUUGGAGCUACUUGAGCUUGUUAGCCUGCCUCCUGCUGCAUGUGAAGGACAUUGGUCAUGAAACGUCAUUAAUGAUUAUGCCAAGUGUUGUCAUUUUUACAAUAGCAUAAUGUAAACUGUAUCACACUGCUGACUCUGAGUUAUCGAGUUAUAUAACACCUCUGUGUUCUUAUCAUUGGCAGUCAUGUUUGCAAAAAUGGAGUAUGACGCAUUCAACGAAUGAGCUUGUGAUUCUCUUUUCUGCCGAUGUUUAUGAACUUGAGACUGGAAUAUACUGCAUGGUGACUCUUAUAGAAGAUACUAUGGUCUUUAUAACAAGUAUCUUUUAUAAUUAAUAUUUUAUACUCUUGUUAAUUUUAUAUAUCCAUCUAACCUUUAUUCUCUAAGCUGAUAUGUUUGCUGAUAGCUAGACUUCAGAAAGCUGUAUCUUAUGUACUGUAUGCUCGUCAGUGUGUUGUUGUUACUUUUGUUACUGUAUGCUUUUAUUCAAUUUGAUUGACGGUUACACUGUGGUUAUUUUGUAGUUAUGAUCUGGAAAUAAUUUAUUUUAGUUUUGUAUUUUAUGUCAACUUGUGGCAUGACUUUCAAAUAAAAGAGGAAACUUUA